AUGAGAAAAAAAAUCAAAAUUGAAUAUGAGGAAGAAGAUAAUGAAAAUAAUAAUAAUUUAAGUGAUAUUACAGAAGAUGAAGAUAAUAGUGAUGAAGAUUAUGUUGAAAGAAAGAAAAAACCAACAACUAAAAAAACCAAUUCUAAAGUUAAAAAGAAUAAUACAACCACCACUACUACUACAACCAAAACUUCAAUUAAAGUUAAAGAUGAAUCAAUUGAAUCAAUUGAAUUAAAACCAUGUCAACAUAGUUUAAAAUUACAUAAAUUUAAAAAUAAACAAGAGAUUCAAGAGAUUAGAGAAUCAAUGUUAGGAUGGUAUGAAAAGAAUAAAAGAGAUUUACCAUGGAGAAAGCAUGAUAAUUCACUUGACGAGAAUGUUAUAGCUUAUAGAGUUUGGGUAUCAGAGAUAAUGUUACAACAAACUAGAGUGGCCACUGUAAUUGAAUACUUUAAUAAAUGGAUUGAAAAAUGGCCAACUAUCAAUGACCUCGCAUCUACAACAAUUGAAGAAGUCAAUAAAGUUUGGUCAGGCCUUGGUUAUUAUAGACGUGCUAAAAACCUAUGGUUAGGUUCAAAAUAUGUAGUUGACAAUUUCAAUUCUAAGAUUCCAUCAGAUGUUAAAUCAUUAUUAGAAAUCAAUGGUAUUGGUCCAUAUACAGCUGGUGCAAUUUCAUCUAUUGCUUUCAAUAAACCUGUACCAUUAGUUGAUGGAAAUGUAAUUAGAGUGUUAAGUCGUGUUAGAUCAAUUGGUGCAAAUCCAAAACUAUCUUCAACAGUUAAAUUAUUUUGGGAAUUAGGUAAUGAUUUAGUUGAAUCUGUUGAAAAUCCUUGUAAUUUCAAUCAAUCCCUAAUGGAAUUGGGUGCCACCAUUUGUUCUGUUCAAUCACCACAAUGUAAACAAUGUCCAAUUCAAUCAAAUUGUCAAGCAUAUCAACAAGAGAAACAAUUUAUAAAACCUGAACCAAAAAAUUCAAUUUCAAAAUUUUUUCAACCAAAAAAUAAUAAUAAUACAAAUGAUAUAGAAUCAUCAUCAUCAUCAACAAAACCAAUAGUAACAUUAAAUUUAACUGAUAUUUGUAAAAUUUGUCAAAGUUUUGAAGAUUCUGAUGGUCCAACUGAAAGUGUUUGUAGAUAUCCAAAAAAAGUUUUAAAAACAAAAGCUAGAGAUGAAAAUGUAAACGUAUUUUUAAUUCAUCAAACAAAAAGUAAUUUAUUUUUAUUAACUCAACGUCCUGAUACUGGUUUAUUAGCAUCAUUAUUUGAAGCACCAUCAAUUAUUGAAGAACUUCAAUCAAAAAGAAAAAUUAAAAAAGAUAAAGAAGAUGAUAAUAGUGAAGAAGAAGAAGAAGAAAAUGAUAAAAGUGAAGAAAGUGAUGAUGAUGAUGAUGAAAAGAAUUCUAAAAAAAGGAAAAAACCAACAACAAAGAAAACAACAAAUAAAAUAACAAAAGAAUUUAUAGAAAAAGAAAUUUUAAAGAAAUUAUUUAAAUCAUCAACAGAUAUAACAAUUAAAUCUGUUAAAUCUAUUGGAACAGUUUUACAUAAAUUCUCACAUAUUAAUCAAACAUUAACAGUUUAUGAUUGUCCAUGUGAUUUUAAAAAAGAACCAAUUCCAAAUGAUAAAUCUAAAACUAAAAAUAUUUGUUGGUUAAAACUUGAUGAAAUUCAAUCAUCAGUUGGUGUUUCAAAACAAAUGUUAAAAUGUUUUGAUUUAAUAAAAUAA